AUGAGACGCGCGAUUCUAUUGCUUGUGGUCGCCAUGGCGAGCUCGGAGGAAUUUCAUUUCCUGGGCCACGAGUUUUCCAGAACUCCGUUGGGUGAUCGCAUCGACAAAGCCUCGGUGAAGAUGCUUAAGGAAGCUUAUCUGGCAUCCGAAGAACCCAACGUGAUUACCUCGCCUUUAGGAGUGUUGCUGCUACUCUCUCUAUAUUCCUCCGGGGCCCAGGAGAAGAGCAGGGAAGAAAUUAUGACGCUUCUUGGAUCAAGCGACUACAAAGAUCUGUUCGACUCGUACACCAGCCUUGGCAACAAAUUCGCGAAGAUGGACCCCAGCUACCUGACCCUCGCGAACAAAGUGUACGUGGCCAACGGGUACACGCUAUCUGAAGAGUUCUCGAAUACAGCCCGCUCCUACAACAGCGAAGUGGACGCUAUCAAUUUCAAAGACCCGAGUUCGGCCGCACAGAUAAUCAAUCAAUGGGCUGCCGAGAAGUCGAAAGGCCACAUAAAGGAUCCCGUAAAUGAGCAAAUACUGGACAAGGAUGCUGCGGCCGCUCUAUUCAACGUCAUUUUCUUUCAGGGUCAUUGGCAUGUGCCAUUUAACGCUGACGAGACAGAAGAGAAGGACUUUAGCGUGAACAGAUCUUUGAUCGUUAAGAAGCCAAUGAUGCACAUGGAAGAUUCUCUCUUCUACUACGAGGAUGAUGAAAUAGGAGCUAAGUUGGUCGAGUUGCCGUACCAAGAGCCCGGUUUCCGCAUGAUCGUGGUACUGCCCAACGAGGUCGAAGGCCUGGCUUCGGUGCUGGAGAAGGUGGCGGAGAAGGGAUUGCUCGAGGACGCGUUUGCUUUGAGCCCCGCGGGGAGGGCUAUCAACCUGUACAUGCCCAAAUUCGACAUCACGAGCAAGAUAGAGUACACAUCGAUAUUGCCGAAGUUGGGAAUCAAGGGAAUAUUCAGCGAGGGGGCCCCGGGAAUUGUCAAGGAACGCGGUGUUGCCGUAUCGAAAUUCUUCCAAGAGGCCAUAGUCAAAGUCGACGAGGAAGGCGCCACCGCUGGUGCUUUUACUGGAGCCAUUGCAGUCCCAAUGUCUUCGAACUCUAAACCACCCGAGCCCCUGGACUACAUAGUGGAUCAUCCAUUCUUGUUCGCUAUUUUACACGAGGAUAUAGUGCUCUUCACUGGUACUUACUCCCAA